AAUGAUCUUUCCUCAGGGCAUGGUUGCUACGAAAGUGCUGCCAUCUGCCCACACAAUCUCUAACUGAAUGGCUUACUGCAGAAACGAAGAAUUCACGUUUUAAUGGCGGAAAUGCAGAUUAAUGUAAAAUGUCACGCAAACCAUGUUUCGUUUUUAAUUGUAAAUCUUCUUAUAACAAAGAAAAUGAAAGUCUUGCGUUUUUCCAUCCACCGAAGUUGUGUCUAAAUUCCUGGCAGGAAAUUAUUAAAAAGCCAGGACUCACUUGCCAGUCCAGAAUUUGCAGUAUUCAUUUUGAAGAGAACGACAUACUCAAAGGGAGAGAAAUUCAAGGCGUGUUUUACAGUUAUCCGAAAUGGAAAUUAAAAUCAGGUGCUCGGCCCAGUAAAUUGCUAGGAAAUGAUGUCAGCGUACUCGAAAGACCUGCUGCAAAGAAGUAUGUUCACAGUGAUAGGUUUAAGUCACCAUAUCGAAAUAUAACAGCAAAGUCUAAAGCUGCUAAUCCUAAGCUGCAGUUGGACAAUCAAUCAUUUUUGUCGAAUAACAACACCAAUGUAUUGAUCCCAUCACAUGCAAAGAAGUCAACGUCAAAUAGCAUAGCUAUACACCAACUUGACGCUGAAAAAGGAAAAGUAAAUGAUAUGGAAGCAGCUGAACCUGUGGCAUUACCAUGUGUAACAACAGAAGACAUGUUCCAGGAACCUACUACUGAAACACUCCUACACAUUCCACCUGAAAAAGAACUACAAUCUGAAUCUGAAUCUCAAUUGAGAGUAGAAUUUGAACCAAAUGAUAUGGAAGUGGAUGAACUGAUUGGAGCACCGGGUGAAAUGACAGAAGAAAUGUUACGGGAAGUGGAAAAGAUUAUUUCGUCUCAAUUUGAAGAUGACGGUCAUUAUUUAGUGAGAGAUAGUUACGAAAUUUGUAUGUCAAAAAUCAAAGUACUCAAUCUUUGUCCUUUUUUUUGUGACACACACCGUGCUGACUCGUAUCCUUAUUUAAUAAUGGAAUUCGUACAAGUUAGAUAUCAUUUUGAAUCAAAGCGUUUUCAAGAACGUAAUUUGGCAGAAGUUGAUAGUAACGUGCGACAAAAUUUCAAGAUGGCAAAACUUGCUUAAUUUUUUUUUUCUAAAUGUAAAUUGUAUGUAUGUUAAUACACAUUACAAGUUAUAAAUUGAA